UGCAAACGCCUAUUAAAAUUAAUUAAAUUGCUGAGAUUUAACUUGAGUCAAUAAUGAAAUAACCCUUGAUUGAGCCUGGGUGAAAUUCACAUAAGCUGAAGGAAAAUAAAUUUCAUAACAGUGACCGAUUACAAGAUGAAACGCACUGCAGGACUCAUUCAUCUUCGUGUUCCUACAGGACAGGCAGGACCUCCAUUUAAAAUAGAACCCAUAAAGAUGGGUAUUAUGAUGACAUCAGUAACAAACGGAAUAUGGAGGUGGGGUCUAUCAAGAACUCAGACCCCAAAUCAAGAUUAAAUAUGUCAAUUUACCCUCAAAAUGUGGUUCCUCGGCUCCAAACUUUUCAUUAUAAUGGAGUUUCAGAUUGAUGACAUGAAAAUGUGAGUCGAUUUUUAAUUCAGGUAGUUAUUACAUGUAGGCUGUAAAGUAAUAUGUGCUAUUUCCUCUGUUCACCCCUUUUUUUAAUAAGCAGUUAAAUUAUUAAGGUCAUGGUGACCCCUGGUUUGUCCUGUGAAGGCACUGUGUGUAUGGGCUGAUGUACUGUAUAUGAGCUGUGUGUAUGGUGCUGUCAGAUUCCCGUAACCUCCCCCCCCCCCAGUGACACAUAGAAAUAUGCAACGAGCAUUUAACGAAGGCUGAUUUACUGUAUAUCCUCAAUUGACAUAAAUGAAAUGAGUUUUUUUAAUUAUAAAACCCAAAUGCACGACGUUAUCGUAGAGGGUUGGGCAUUUUAAAGACUUUGGCACGUUUCCCAAAGAGUCCACUCUUAGGCCAACCCGCGCGAUAAAGAGGCGUGCUGCUGUUCGAGUUUCCGUCGGCGCAAAAAAAGGGACUCGGGCCGCCUCCUUUAAUCCGGAGGAGCCGACCUGACACACUGUGUCCAGCCGCGGAGCGUCGCCGUUUUCACGCCCUCGAUGAAGAUUUCCUGAAUCGCAGAGAGGUUCAGUGGUACCUAGGACUGCGCCCUGGCCGGAGGCCGAGCCGGAGGAUUGCGGUGCUCGGCAGACCGCGCCGGGAUCGCUCUUUGGAACCAUCCUAAGUGUAGAGCUGCCGUGCACCGUCCGUCCAGUCCUGCCCAGCCCAGCUCAGCCCAGCCGCAUAACUCACGCCUCCUCCCGGCGCGACGCUGCAUCAGCUGCCCGGCGGCCGAUGGAUACUGCGGAGCAGCUAGACAUGGAGGUGAUGACUCCACUCAUCGAAGACUUGGGGCUGCAUUCUGAGGAGAAUUCGGAUGAGGACUGUGACCCUGAAUUAGCUCCGGUGCAGAGGAAUUACGACCUGAGCACCCGUCAGGGCAUUACGUUUUUUCAAACUCUCAUCCAUUUGCUGAAGGGGAACAUCGGCACAGGUGUGCUAGGCCUUCCUCUGGCCGUGCGGAAUGCUGGAAUUAUUGUAGGGCCCAUUAGCCUGGUGCUAAUCGGGGUGGUGUGUGUACACUGCAUGCACAUCCUGGUCUCCUGCAGCCAUCACCUGUCUGAAAGGCUGAAGAGACCUCCCGCGGGGUACAGUGACACCGUUGCCUUGGCCAUGGAACACAGCUCCUUCCGGAGUCUUGGGAGGGGGGCGUCAUUCGGCAGACAUCUGGUGAACUUCUUUCUGGUGCUGACCCAGCUGGGCUUCUGCAGCGUCUACUUCGUCUUCCUGGCGGAGAAUGUCAAACAGGUGGUGGAGGGGUACUGGGGAAACAGCACGGAGUCGCCCCCCCGUGGCUUCAGUGGUGGCAACGUCACCAUGGAGACGGGCCCCGAGCCCUGGGCCCUGGACCUGCGGCUCUACAUGCUCUUCUUCCUGCCCUUCCUCGUGCUGCUGGUCUUCGUCAGAGACCUCCGGAGCAUGGCCGUGCUGUCCUUCCUGGCCAACCUAUGCAUGGCCGUCAGCCUGCUCGUCAUCUUCCGGUACAUUCUGAAUGAUGUCGGGGACCCACACCGUCUCCCCUAUGUCUCCAGCUGGAAGAGGAUUCCCUUUUUCUUUGGAACAGCCAUUUUUGCCUUCGAGGGAAUCGGAGUGGUCCUGCCACUGGAGAACCAGAUGAGGGCGCCAAAGCGAUUCCCCCAGGCACUGAACAUCGGCAUGGGGAUCGUCAUAGUGCUGUAUGUCACCUUGGCCACGCUGGGAUACCUCCACUUUGGGGAGAGCAUCAAAGGCAGCAUCACGCUGAACCUGCCUCACGACGCCUGGACCAACCAGAUGGUGAAGAUCCUCUACUCCUUUGGCGUGUUUCUCAGUUACUCCAUCCAGUUCUUUGUGCCUGCGGAGAUCAUCCUGCCUCCGCUGAGGGCACGGCUGCAGGAAGCCUGGAGGGUACCUUGCGAGCUGGUCGUGCGAGCCCUGCUCGUCUGCCUGACCUGUGUGACUGCUGUGCUUAUUCCUCGACUGGAUCUGGUCAUCUCCUUCGUGGGCGCAGUGUCCAGCACUGCCCUGGCCCUGGUCUUCCCCCCAUUGGUGGAGAUCAUAACCUUCGCUGACCGGAAGUGCCACCUGGGAAUGGCAAUAAAAGACCUUCUCAUCGCCACUGUGGGCUUCAUAGGCUUUCUGGCUGGCACCUAUGUUACUGUAGAGGAGAUCAUUUCCCCGGAAGUGUCCUGCCAGCUCCCGGACCUCUUCAACACCUCAGACCCCUCAGGCUGGAACCGGACCACACCUGGUGCAUCAACACCAGUAUGAUGGAAGGCAGACUAUGGGAUCAGCAGCCGUCAUCAAAUCCAUAUGUAUUUCUUUCUUGUGACGCUGAUAUUCACUGGGCCAGUGGAAGAGGCCACACCUUCAAAAAGCUUUCCCAUGCCUUGCUGCAAUUUCCUUUCCAUCUCAGUCUGUUACAUUUUCGAAGUUUUUUUUUUCCUACCUCCAUUAUAGGAUAUGAAGUACGAUGCAAAAAAUCACAAAGAAGGAACCAUACAAAAGCCUCACAGAGGAGUGGCUUUAAGGGGGAGGCUGUUUCGUUGCUUUAUUUUGUGUCUGGUCAUGAACUGAGCUGCUCCACAGGGAGCAGGCUGUGUGGCUAAUACAGUAGGCCAAGGAGCCAACACCUUUCUGUGCAGGUGUUGGGCGAGAAUAUAGGCUGAUGUUUGAGCUGAGUCUCCAAUGUAUGGGUGUCAUGCUGGACCUGACCAGGAUAUGUAAACGAUACCAUGAAAUUAGAGAAUCUUAACAUGAGUGUUUUCUGUGCAUGUGUCACUACACUUAGACUGGGUGAUGGUCCCUGUCUAUGUGAACAAGGAUCGGGUUAUGAUCCCGUUCUAUGAGCAAGGACUGGGGGGUGGUCCUGUCCCUACAAACAAGGAUUGGGCUAUGGUGACAUUUGCACAAGCAAGGAGCAGGCGAUGGUCCCAUCCAUACAAGCAAGGACUGGUCCAUGGUCCCAGUCCAUAUGACCAAGCACUGGGCGAUUGUCCUGUCCCUAUGAAGACUUGUUCAGCGUCAGGUUUCCAUUUCCUUUACCUGUCAUUAGCUGGUUCAUUCCUCUUAAUUAUUUGCAUGUUUGAAGGUAAUUUCUGUACUUGGGACUCUCAGUCAUUGUUCAGUUGCAAAGGCCUAUCUGGGCAUUCUGCCUGGCAGCUGUGGGAGAUCCAUAAAUGUCACAGUUUCACACUUGCAACAUCCAUCUGUUAAGUCAAUCACACAAUUAGCAUGUGAUUUACUGACAUUAGCAAGAAAACAUAAUUGCUUUCCACAGAAGUACCUUGGAUUGUAUCCCUGUUCCCAGGACUGUGAAUCUCUCCACAUUUGUUUGAUUUUUGGGGGCAAAAACAAAUGUGUUUUGUUUGUAAUGUUUGCAUUUCCAUUCCAGUAAAGGGGUGAAGUCUCUGAGGCAAAUAUUAGCCUAAUGUGUCACCAUUUAGCUAAUUUUUUUCAUGACAUGUGCCAGAAACAGCCAGACUCCGUAAGUGCUGGUUUGGACAGAAUUAGGAUGGCUUCUGGGUUCUUGUUUUUUUUUUUUUUUUGGGGGGGGGGCAUCAAAUUAACAGUUUACAUCAAAUGAGCACUUAUUUAUAAAUGAAAAAUGUUAUGCUUAAAUUGUUCAGACAAAAUAAUUCUAUACGGUCCAAUACUGGACCAUGUGAUCUGUACAUGUGGAGGUGUGUACAGUACAUGUUACAUGUUGAGCUUGGAUAAACCACGGUUUGUGUCAUAGUGCCAAAUGUAAUUAGUGUCUGAAAUGUGUCUUGGAAUCAGCAAAAUCAAUUCUGCAUGCUUUUUAAAAUAUCUUGGAUAUUGGGUAGUAAUUUCGGGGUCCUUAACAUACACAAUAAAUAUUGAAGUUUUA